ACCGAACCAAAAUCGAUCAAAGAGCAUCACCUAGAAGUUACAAUCGUACAAGUAAUUAGCAAAAUUACUGUACCCCAAACAACCAAUAUAAAUUAGAGGACUAACUCACGUUCGAAAACACAGUAAACAAAGAGAUAUACUUAAAAAAUGAUUCCGUUGCUCUUUUCCGGAAUUAUUAUUAUUACUUGCGCAGUGAUUUUCGUAUUCGGUUGGAGAGUGUUAAAUUGGGCAUGGUUUGAACCCAAAAGGCUGGAGAAGAAGCUCAGAGAACAAGGGUUUCGAGGGAACCCGUACCAGCUUAUCUAUGGAGAUUUCAAGGAAAUCUCAUCCUUGUUUCAACAAGCUCACUCCAAGCCUAUUAAUCUCUCCGAUGACAUCGUUCCUCGAGUCGAUCCUCACUUACCCCGAACCUUAGAAUCACAUGGUAAAAUGUCAUAUUUAUGGCUGGGGCCUAAACCGGCUCUGCUGAUCAUGGAGCCUGAUCUCAUUAAAGAAAUCACCAAUAAAUAUCAAGUGUUCCACAAACCUCGAUCGAAUCCCUUUUUCAGAUUGUUGGCUCAAGGGAUCUUUACUUACGAAGGUGAAAAAUGGGCCAAUCAAAGAAAACUUAUCAACCCUGCUUUUCAUGUCGAGAAAUUGAAGCUGAUGCUUCCAGCCUUUUAUGAAAGUACUAAUGAGAUGCUUAGCAAAUGGGAGGAAAUUGCUUCUGGAAAAGGAGGUCCGAUUGAAGUGGAUGUUUGGCCUGAUCUUCAAACAUUGACUAGCGAUGUUAUUUCUCGAACGGCUUUUGGCAGUAAUUAUGAAGAAGGUAAAAAGAUAUUUGAACUACAAAAGGAACAAACUGAGCUUGCUAUGGAGGCUUCCCGUUCGCUAUACUUCCCUGGGUUAAGAUUUUUACCAACAAAGAGGAACAUCAAAAUGAGACAAAUUGCAAGAGAAGUGAAUGAUUCAAUUACGGAAAUCAUCAAUGCAAGACUGAACUCAAAGCAAGUACAAAAGGAAAAGUACGGUGAAGACUUGUUGGGGUUAUUACUUGAAUCCAAUUCUCAAGCAAAUGGCAACCGAGGAGUUGGAAGCAGCAAACUGGCCAUGACUAUCAAUGAAGUGAUUGAAGAGUGCAAAUUGUUCUAUUUUGCUGGACAGGAGACCACUUCUUCCCUACUUGUUUGGACUAUGAUUUUGUUGAGUCGGUAUCAAGAUUGGCAGUCACGUGCUCGAGAAGAGGUUUUGCAUAUCUUCGGAACUAGCAAGCCAGAUUUUGAUGGAUUAAACCACCUUAAAAUAGUUACCAUGAUAAUGCAUGAAGUCUUAAGGCUAUAUCCACCGCUAGCCAAUCUUGUUCGGAAGACAAGAGAAGAAACCAAACUCGAAAAUUUAACUCUUCCGGCCGAGGUGGAACUCAUGCUUCCGUCUAUGCUAAUUCAUCGAGAUCCAGCAAUAUGGGGCGACGAUGCGAAGGAAUUUAAACCGGAAAGGUUUGCAGAAGGAGUGUUGCAUGCUACAAAAGGCCGUGUUGUGUUCUUCCCAUUUGGUUGGGGACCUCGUAUCUGCAUUGGCCAAACUUUUGCGAUGUUGGAAGCGAAAUUGGCUCUAUCCAUGAUUCUACGAUAUUUCUCCUUUGAGCUUUCCCCAUCAUAUUCACACGCUCCUCGUUCGUCUCCAAUACUUCAACCUCAAUAUGGUGCUCACUUGAUUUUGCGUAAAUUGUAAUGAAAUAUAAUAAAUUGUGGUUUUAGAACGGGAGGUUGAAUAAAGCAUUGAAUGCUCCUCUUAUUUUCUCUAUAUGCCUUUUGAGAUUUAGUCGACGAUUAUUAUAGAUAUUAUUGUAAUUUUUUUUUAUUCGUAAGCACACUAAUUGUUAAUUUUUAUGAUUUUGAGUUAAAACAAUAAUGUAUAUCUUUGCAAAUGGG